GUCAUAUUCUUGGGCCACCGAAUAGCUUCUUUCACUUCAAUCAAUCCAAACACAGCCUUAAUCCUUUUUCGUUUAACUUUAACCUCCUCUUUGUCCCUCUUCGGUUCUGCGCUGCAAGUGUACAAUACAACAAUGAUAGCUUUCAUUCAAAAUCAGAUUCCACCGCGGAAAUUGUUAUCUCUUCGAUCCUGACAUGCCACACAACUCUUUCAUGAAAAGAAAAGAAAAAACCUUUUUAGCUGGGUGCAGAAAUUAAGGACAACAGCAUAUAACAGACAAGGUUCUUCUAAUACAAUGGGGGACUUCAGCAGGAGCGAGUAUGUGACAGUAGGUGAAAUUGAUCCGCCUUCCCCAAGGACGAAUCACAUGAACAAAGUUUCGGUUCUACCUCUUGUGUUUCUCAUCUUUUAUGAGGUAUCAGGAGGACCUUUUGGUGUUGAAGAUACUGUAAGAGCAGCUGGUCCUUUGUUAGCUUUACUUGGAUUCUUGGUUUUUCCGUUCAUAUGGAGUGUUCCUGAAGCUUUGAUUACUGCUGAAAUGGGUACCAUGUUCCCUGAAAAUGGUGGUUAUGUUGUUUGGGUUUCCUCGGCUUUGGGUCCCUUUUGGGGGUUUCAGCAGGGUUGGAUGAAAUGGCUUAGUGGCGUGAUAGACAAUGCUUUGUAUCCUGUUUUGUUUCUUGACUAUCUUAAGUCGGCGGUUCCGGCUGUAGGCAGUGGUUUACCUAGAGUUGUUGCAACAUGGGGUUUGACUAUAGUUCUCACUUACUUGAACUAUAGGGGUUUAACCAUUGUUGGAUUUGUUGCUGUCUGUAUUGGGAUUUUCUCACUUCUUCCGUUUGUUGUCAUGGGGUUGUUGGCGAUUCCGGACAUGGAACCUUCAAGAUGGGUUGAGACAAAUCUAAAUAAUGUUGAUUGGAAUUUGUAUUUGAAUACUCUAUUUUGGAAUCUCAAUUAUUGGGACUCCAUAAGCACUCUUGCCGGUGAAGUUGACAAUCCAAAGAAAACUCUUCCCAAAGGUUUGUUUUACGCGUUGAUCCUUGUUGUUUUCGGGUACUUCUUUCCGCUUUUGAUUGGUACUGGUGCUGUUCCAGUCAAGCGUGAAUCGUGGACUGACGGGUACUUCUCUGAUAUUGCUAUGAUCAUUGGAGGAGUGUGGUUGAGAUGGUGGCUUCAGGCUGCAGCUGCAUUGUCAAACAUGGGAAUGUUUGUUGCUGAAAUGAGCAGCGAUUCUUUCCAGCUUCUUGGAAUGGCUGAUAGGGGAAUGUUGCCGGAGUUCUUCACCAAGAGGUCUCGCUACGGAACACCUCUUAUAGGGAUUCUGUUUUCAGCCUCUGGUGUAAUUUUACUAUCGUGGCUGAGUUUUCAAGAAAUUGUAGCCGCAGAGAAUUUCUUGUAUUGUAUUGGAAUGAUUCUGGAGUUCAUUGCAUUCAUAUUGUUAAAGAUCAAACGCCCCAAUGCGUCUCGGCCUUACAAGGUACCGGGCGGAGUGACUGGAGCAAUUAUUAUGUGCAUCCCUCCUACAAUAUUAAUCUGCGUGGUAUUAGCUUUCUCGUCCCUCAAAGUAUUUGUUGUAAGCUUAGUUGCUAUGUCGAUCGGACUUGUGCUGCAGCCUUGUCUCAAAUUUAUGGAGAAAAAGAGAUGGAUGAAGUUUUCUCAUAGUCCUGAGCUACCUAAUUUUGAGGAUGGAGAUGUCACUCACUCUUUGGUGCAAUAAACUUGUAAUGUUUCAAUUUGUUUUGAAUAUUUUGAUAAUAACGUGGAUAGGUUUUAAGCAUAAUAGUUAAGUUUCACCUUCUUCAACACAACAACCAUCAAAGAGGAGCUUUGUAUUUCAUGCUUUUGGCACUUUAGCUAUUUAUCUAUGUCUGUAGUUUUGUGAUAGAUGAGAUGUCAAUUAGAAACCUGGAUUCUAGUAUUUAGGAUAUCUUUAAAUUUUGUUGUUUACCUGCAUCAAAUUUGUUAUGUACAAAAUUUAUAUAUUUUGAACAUUAAUAAAAUGAUGCCAUGAGCAAGUUAUUUCAGCUUC